CCAGGACACUUAUUAAGGUUAACUAUUCAUCUCCUGUUCCUCUUUCAUGACUCGUCCUCGUUCCCUCGGCUCGGUUUACCUUUUUGUGCUCGGCUGUUUUGAUUUUUCAGAAUAAAAGCUGGCCUGGAGACAUAGAGGAGGCGUCUCUGGUUCCACAGGCGACUGACAGCAGCAGAAGCUGCGGAGGAGGACACGGGAGGUUUCCGAGGAGCUGUGGACGGCAGCGACGAGAGAGAGACAAAGAAGAAGGUGUAGAGUUGAUGGAGAGAUAAACACAGAGCGUCUCUUCUUUCUGCUCAGAAUUCACUGGUUUUUGCUGUUUCAUGAUGGAGGAGGUCACGACACAGGGAGGAGGUUCAGUUCUCCUUCAACAGGACAAUGACGAUGAGCGUCCCCCUCCCUCGUCUUCGGUGAGGAGCAAGAAAGAAGUUUUGUUUUGGGCGAGGCCUAUAAAUGAAUCAAAGCCUCGUCCCACCUGCUCAUCUUCACACAAUUCCUUCUGCAGACCGAACUGCACACCUCAGACAGAGCGAUGUCUUCGAGGCUGUUGGGACUCCUGGCCCUGUCCUCCCUCUGCUCUGCCAUGCUGCUACCAAACACCACCACAGAGUCCAGCAAAGAGGACAACUCCACCUCGGACCCCGAGACCUACCCACUGUCCGGCUCAGAUAAAUGGUCACCAAACUCCCACAGUAGGAUGCUGACUUCCCUCCCGACACAACCUGAUACAACCAUCUGCGACAUCCUCCUGAACUCACCAGUACCGCCGCCCAUCGAGCAGGUUCCCCUUUUCUGCAUCUGUUCGCACUGUAAAGGCACCACAGGACCCAAAGGAGACCGUGGAGACCGGGGCCCUUCAGGUGAACCCGGGAGUCCUGGCAGAAGAGGAAUGACUGGGUUCAAAGGUCGAGCAGGAUUCACAGGUCGUCAGGGGAUAAAAGGUCAGAAGGGAGACCUGGGGGAGAAGGGGCAGGUCGGUCAUGCUGGAUUCACCGGGACAAAAGGCUCACGAGGCUUUAAAGGGGAGAAAGGAGACACAGGUGUCAUAGGGCCGCCAGGUACACAGGGUCCCCAGGGAGAAACCGGCUCAUGUCCUGCCACCUGUCAAAGUGACCAGGGUCCACAGGGUCCACAAGGCCCCCCUGGAACACCUGGAGCCCGGGGCCUGCCUGGGGUUAAUGGAGUUGCGGGACCUAAAGGUUUGAUGGGCUAUAAAGGUGACCUAGGUAAAUCUGGCGACCCCGGGCUAAAUGGCCAGAAGGGUGACCAAGGUGAGCAAGGAAUUUGUGAGUGCACUGAUGGAAUGACCGGCACUGAUGGGAGACCAGGAGAAAGGGGGUAUAAAGGGGACAAAGGUGACUUUGGGGCCCAAGGUGCACAGGGCCCCAUGGGAUCAAAAGGCGACCAGGGCAUCAAUGGCAUCAAUGGUCCUCCCGGUCCCUGUUCUAUAGCCAUCCAAUCAGCAUUCUCUGCAUGUAUCAACCAAUCGUUUCCCAUCCCAAAUUGGCCCAUUCCUUUCCCACAUGUCCUCUUCAACCGGUUUGAACACUUCAACCCACUCUCCGGCAUCUACAGAGCCCCCUACAAUGGCACCUACGUCUUCUCCUUCCACCUGGUAGUCACCUUCAGGACACUCAAGGUCGGCCUGUUCCUCAACUACCAACCUGUAGUCAAAACAACAGAGGCAACAAACCAAGCCACCGCCAGCCAGAGUCUCGUCCUCCACCUCACUGAAGGAGACCGGGUGUGGCUGCAAGUGAAGAACAAUAUUACCAACGGCAUUUACACCGACAGUGAGAGCAGCAGCACGUUCUCGGGGUAUCUGCUGCACCCUGACUCCUGCCAAAUUCCCUUCGGUCGAGGUUUCUGGACAGAGGAAAACACGGAGGAGGAACAAUUCAGCUGGGAUGGUCCUCCACACACCACCACUCCUCCACCUUAGUAGGCUCCAGUCAGUCAGUCGCACAUUUGUAGAUGAAGUAUCCUCAUCUUGCCAAUCAAACAUUAUGUGUAUUUCAAACUGCAAGUUUUAAAGGAGGAGAGAUAGAGUUUUCAAAAAGUCACUCAGUCGGAGGCAAGUGAUGACAGUCAAGAUUUUUACUAGUGUACGUAACCAGCUGGACUUUCUUGUGUUUAAACAAAAGCAAGUCCAGUUGUACAUCGUCUGGAAAUACCGUGACCUGGAUGACUGAAGGUUAAACCUGAGCCUUUUGUGGAAGAGAUCUGGUUUGUUGUAGAGAAGGUUGUUGGAAGGUGGUGAAUUGUUACUCAAAUAUUACUGUGCUGAUUAAAUGACACUGACUUCUCCUCUCGCUCCACCGCAGAAACUAAAUCAAUGAUUUCUGGUGAAAUUUAGUUCAGAUGAUUCUGGUGACUUUUCAUCAUCAACCCUCCAUUACCUACAGGUUGAGUGUCAAUGAGCAAACAUGCUAAACUAUGACUGCAAACAUUACAUCUGCAUUGAAACAUGUUAUUUUUGUGUGUGUUAUUUACGACACAGGCCAUGUUGAUGAAAAAACAUUAUUUGAUUUUGAGAAUAAAGUUGUGAUAUUAGUCUUUGUGUCAUGAACAUCAGAAGACCAGUCUGUCUCCUGAAUGUGCAGCCUCUUCUUCAGUGAAGGUUUCACUAAAUAUCGAUUUACUUGGUAGUUUUGUCGCAUCAUGUUAAUAAACUUUGUAAAUAAACAGUCUGUUGAACUGAAGUUCUGGAAACGUGGAGAAACUGAGACUGAGGAAAAAACAAUGUGUGACACAGAUGAAGCACAAAAAUAAAAUAGUGUGGAGAUAAUUUCAGUCGUUAUUUAACCUGCAUUUGAUCAUGUAUUUAAAUAACAGAUUGGAUUUCUGAUCUGGCUUUAAAGACACUUUAAGAGAGAGCAUUUUAUUUUCAUCACAUCAGCUGCAGCUCAGUUUUAGAGCUUGUGUUGUUUCACUGUUAAUAAUAGAAU